GUCCCGGAAAUAUUAACCGAUUUUAAAUAUCUUCUGAUGAAUAAACUUAUGUAGGAGUGAGGUUUUGUAUUUAUUUAUUAAAUAAGUGAACAGUUAUUCAGCAUGGACAUAUCCUCUGAUGAAUCUGAUGACUGGUUUAUGGAGUCUCUAAACACAUACAAAGACCUGCAUGUAUUUCAACUCGAGCAUCCGACGAAAGUAAUAGAGUGGACGGGUGACAAAAAUAUUUGUGUUGCAGGAUACACUGGAGCAAGAAGCGAAAUCUUGGAGUUACUUCUGCCUCUUAAGUUAUAUGCAGGAGAAAACCAGGGUCUUUGUGCAGAAAGAGACUUCAAAGUACAGCAUGGUGGCUUUUCUGAGGAACCUGUUGAGAGUUUGAUACAUAUCCCUGGAACAAGGUGUGUGGUGACUAGUGGAAGUUCUAGUUCGACAUUGCAGAUUUGGGAUAUUGGAGGCGAUGAUAGCGAUGUUAUAAAAGCGACUGGAGUCAUAAACCUCAAGAGCACAUCAGCAAAAGGCAGUAAAAUAGCACCUGGAUUGGCAGACGAACCAGCAGUCCUUCAUGGUUCUUGUAUAAGUGAAGUUCAGCUGACAGAGAUAGCAACAGGACAGAUUCUGUAUACAGUAGCAAAAGAGUCCUCAGAUUCAGUGAGUGGCUUACAGUUUGUGAAUGCUUGUGUGUUUCUCAUUUGUGCGAGCGAUGGCACUCUGCUCAUGGGUGACACAAGAGAUCCCUCGACUUGUCAUUAUCCUCUGGAAGACAGUAAGAGUGGUUUGCACUGGUCAUUUGGAUUGAGGAGUGACAGCUCUCAGUCAGAACCUUCCUCUUGUACUGUAGCAAGAAUCUCGUCCUCUGGUCACAUGCUGUUGUCUGAUCUAAGAAAUUUACAGAGUCCGUUUUGUCAAACCCAACUAAAUGUCCAACACAACACAUCAAAGAAUGACUUCCUGAACGUUUCUUGGGCUCCUGUUCUCGACAGAUGUCUGUCUGUGUCGGGGUUUGAUGGAACAGUGCACAUCUACAACACAAUGAAUUGGAGUAAAGAGGGACAGAGCCCACAGCCAGUUUUUUCACACCGAGGUCAUGAAAUGUCACAUGAAGCAAAAUACAGUGGUUCCCCGCCUGUGGUUACCACCCAUUCUUGGCAUCAGUCACGGCCAAAGACUCUUCUCUCUGCAGCUACGGAUGGAUCUCUUCAUGUAUGGGACUGGGUGGAUAAAAUCACUGACAGAUGAUGUUGAUGUUCA